AUGUUUGGGGCACUGGUAUAUACCCACAAACAAAAUAUUGUGCACAAGGAUCUCAAGCUCGAGAACCUCUUAUUGUCGAAAAAAGAUAGUCACACGGACAUCAAAUUGAUCGACUUUGGCUUUGCCAAGAAGGCCCCACCCGGUGGGCUCAAGACAUUCAUUGGAACACCGGGGUAUGUCGCUCCCUGUAUAUUGGAAGGAACCGGAUACGGAACACAAGCCGACAACUGGUCCAUGGGUGUAAUUGUCUAUUGCAUGUUGGGAGGAUACCCACCCUUUCGUGAUCCCAACCGUGACAAACUGUUUCGCAAGAUCCGAAAGGGAUCCUAUGUGUACGACGAACGCAAGUGGAAGCAUAUCAGUCAGGAUGCCAAAGAUUUUAUCAAACGGCUCUUGAACACCAAACCCAAGGAAAGAUACACGGCCGAGCAAGCGCUGGAAGACCCUUGGAUGCAGGGUAGCAUUCCUUCGCUGGAAGAAUCCGACGACGGCAUGAGCGUGAGUUCGGGAGUUAUCAGUGAUAAUUCGGGAGACGUUUCUUUACCAGCACGUGAAUUGGUCCUAAAGGACGCCCAUUACGACGCGUAA